AUGUUUGAAAGUCUCCUGAAAUUUGGAGUUUAUCGCAAAGUUUUACAAAAUUAUAAUUUUCUAACACUAAAAUCAAGUCAUUUCAGUGUUUUGCGCCAGGGUUUCUGUGGAAUCCCAGGGAAUCUUAACCUUAACUCGUGUGCAAGUCCAUUUUCAGAUUCUUAUAAUAACAACCUUUCCAAUUUAAACAUUAUUGGCUCUGAUUUAAAUGAUAUUAAAAGAAGUGUUUUUAAUUAUUAUCAACUUCGAGGUCCUAAAAUAGUAAAACCCAGGGAUGUGAUUCGGUUUUGGAAGAUUCGUCCCGGUGAUAAGGUAGUUGUAAUUAGUGGGAAGGAUAAGGGGAAAACCGGUGAAGUUUUAAUGUGUGACCGGCUUCGAAACCAGGUAAAGGUCAAGGGCUGUAAUAUGAGAAAAUUGCUUGUUGAUUCUCAAGUUGUUCAAAUUGAGAAGAAAAUCCACUACUCAAACGUCCAGCUUUUGGACCAUCUUUUAAACGUAGGAACUCGAGUUUCAAUUCGGUACUCCCAUGAUAACAAGCCAUUGAGGGUUUCUAAGAAAUCUGGAUACGUCAUUCCCUGGCCAUCUAAAAGGAAGAAAGAGCCUCGAGAUUGCAUUGAGGGUGAGAAGGAUACGAGUCCUGAGGAGGCUCUCAGACGUACUUAUGACUAUGAAAAGGUAUUUUGGGGCUUUUUAUUAGUUUCAGGACCUCGCCUCCGUUAA